AUGUCUAUGGUCAGAUUUUAUAGAGUUUUUGGAAAUCCCCCUGGGGAAAUUUCUAGUAACUCAAUUAAUGAUGGUGUUCUCGAUUUAGAGAAAAUGAAAAGACGCGACAGGAUCAAUUCUGAAAAUUUAGAAUACCUUGAUCUCACUGAUAAUGGAUUUAUAUAUCCUACGGGAAAGAUUCAAGGUUUAACGGGACUCAAAACAUUGUUAUCUUCAGGAAACGAUUUCUCGGAUUUUUCUCCCACAUUUUUAGACUCCUUUUCAGCUGUCGAAAAUUUAGCUUUGGCAAAUUGCAGAUUUGACUUAAAUAGUUUUCAAUCUAACAGCUUAAGAAUUUUUAAGAAUUUAAAAUUGUUGAAGCGUCUAGAUUUAUCUUUAAAUUCUCUGAGUUUUCUCGCACAAAAUACUUUUUCUACUAACCAACAAAUGACAGAACUUUAUUUGGCAACAAACAGGUUUACUGAAAUUCCUUUCGAUCUUAAGCUGACGCCAAACUUGAAGGUUCUCGAUCUUAGUGAAAAUGCUAUUUCGACAUUAAAUGAAAAAGUAACAAUGGAACUUGAUGCACUGGCUGAGAGAAAUGGAAAUUUAAGUUUGAGAUUGGCCGGAAACGUUUUAUCAUGUGGUUGUGAGAACUUCUAUUUCAUCAAAUGGAUUCUUACAACAAAUGUAGAUAUAGAUUUUGAUUCCAAAUUGGUGUGUGUCAACGAAUCUGGUUUGUAUUCUCAUCUAGAUAAACAUUUGAAUGUUGGUACAUUUUGGCGUCAGUGUAUGGGUCAGCAAUAUCUUUAUGUCUCUGCUGUUUUUUUGUGCAUCAUCGCUAUAAUAUUUUUGGGGUCUUUUGUCGUCAUGCGGUGUAAGCUGUACAUUGUGGCUUACGUUGCUCAAAUACUUGGUACUGUACCACGUAGGAGAUUAACAGAUUUUCAAAACCACGUAUUUAUAGUUUCAUCUCCCAAUGAAGGUUUUGUUACAGUUUUAAGCAACUACUUAAAACAAACUUUUUUUCUAAACACUCGAGACUCCAGAGAUCUUGAGCCAGGGCGUCCAGAAUAUGAAGAUUUCUUUGCUGAGAUCAACGCCACCUGGCGUGUAAUUCUAGUUGUAACUGUUGAGUUUUUUCACGACAAUAAUUUCCAGAUGCUCUUCACACUGGUAUUGAACAGUAUGUCACAUGACAACCCGGGAAAGGUGCUUCUACUUUAUGAAAGAAACGUACAGCUAAAUGUGGAUUUAAUUAACGCGAUUGGUGAAGAUAAUAUUCUCGAAGUUCCAUUAUGGCAGCUGACACCAAAUAUGGAUGAGUUUUUGUAUGAUAGAAUUUUUGUUGAUUACUAAAUUGUGAUUCGAUGUAACUAAAUAUAGUAAAUGUUUGUAUAUUAUUGUCAUUCAAAAUAAUAGACUUAAUUACAAUG